CUUUGCUGUCGGUGCCUGGUACCGCCGUACUCGGUUACGUAGUCGGUAGCCUUACCUGUUUUGCUGGCCUCCGCGUCCGCGAUCCGGCGUGUUCCACUUCACGUGCAGUACAUCUACCAGUGGCAAGACGUUUCUGCAUCUCACUUGGACUAGCGUAGCCGGAGUUCACUCUAUCGUUACCCGCCGUUGUCAGCGCAGAACCGGCUACCCCACGCUAGCACACCCCUUGCUGAUCACCGAAUCGUCCUACACUACUCGAGUCGUACAGUGCAGUGUGCUCGAGGAUGAGGACUCUACUUGUACUCCUUGCAUUCUGUGCAAUCGCCCAAGGCCAGUUUCCUCAACUCCCUCAACUCCCUCAGCUCCCUCAGGUUCCUCAGGUCCCUACUAUCAACUUCCCCACUAUCCAAGUUCCCAGCUUUCCAAGCCUUCCCACUGGCGUUAUUCCUGGGUUUGGCAAGACGAAGACUUGCUCCAAGAGCCUAUCCAUCACUGCGUACUUGAACUGCUGUGGACCCCAGGCCUCGUGCGAUGCUUCAAAGGUUAGCGUAGACCUGAAGCCUGACAAGAUCAAGGGUGUAUCCUGCAGUGCACUGAAGAAGGGAAUAACCAGCGCUGCCCAGCUGACAAGCCUGCUACCUGGUCUGAGUUCCAAAUCAUCUCCUUGCCUAUCAUCAGCACUCGGUGACAGCUUUCAGAAGCUCAAGGGACCGAUUUCUGGCUGGGACCUGAGUACACUCAAUGAGCUUCCCAGCGAUGCACUAGCUACGUUCAGCCUGUCUUCCCUAAAGCAACUACCCCCAUCCUUUUUAAAGAACAAGAAUGGCUUGAAGAAGAUCGGCGAUUCUUUGUCCAAGAUGACCAUUGAUCAGAUUCACAGCAUGCUCCCAACUCUGAACAUGGCUUUGGGCAGCUUCAAGGUGUGGAACUCGACCACACUGAAAGAUUUGCUGACCCAUGCACCCAAGUACUUGUGUGGAAUGUCUUCUCGCCAGUCGUCAGAGCUGAAUUCGUCUUCCGUUUCCGAUGCAAUUGGAGAAGUGUCUGGCGCGAUUCGCGGCUGCUCUAUUGUCGCACAUGCCAAGAAUCUGGCACGUUCUGUUCUGUUUAGCUUCACAAAGGCCAAUGGAGACCCAUCACAGUGGACUGGCGAUAUCCUGAACAGUCUGCAGAAUCUGAAGGGUGAACUCACCACCGCUGACAUCAUGAACUUGACUGGCGAUGCCCUGUCCGACCUGAGAACGCUGCAGAAGGCAGAUAGAUGGUUCACCCCUGCAAUGAAACAAGCCAUCGUUGAUUCGAUCAAGGCUCACCUGGCUGGCCUUGACCCAGAGUACACCAUCCUGGAUGUGCUUAGGAACAUCACCACGUCAUUGACCUCACUUGCCGAUAGUGACCUGGACAAACUCAACUGCUCAACGGUGGGCGACUACUUCCUGAAGUCGGCCAGCUACAAGAUCUCGAAACAAUCCCUGCAGCAUGUUGUAGACUCCAUGAAGAAGUGCGGACUGGGGAUGAUCGAGUCAGCAAGUGAUGCCACAUUCAGUGGAGCUACAACGGUCAGCUCGUUCACUAGCGACGAUAUUGAGGCAGUGGCUCCAUACUUGGCUGGCUUCUCCACGGACGAUAUUGACAAGAUGGACGUCAAGUCGGCAUUCAAGAAAAAGUCAGCUAUCCUCAACGCCAAGCUGUCGGACGCCCUCAGCAAUCUCCAGGGUCGUACAAUCCUCAAGAAACUGUCCGUCGGAUCCUCGCGGCUUGACCUGGAUGACAUGCCGAGCGUGGGCAAGUUUCUGAAUGCCCAAGACGUUGCUGACAUCACUAAGCCUGUUAGCUUCGACGAGAUCAAGGAUGCUACGAGCAAGGGACUGCGCGUCGGAAAGGACGUGGCAUCCCAGUUUGCCAAGAUAGCUCUGGAGAGUCUCGGUACAGACUUCUCCGAUACCGACAAGUUCCCGUCUAACACUAUAUUCAAUGAGCUGGGCGAGAACAUAGUCCAGGGAUUCACCAGGUCCAACUUCCAGGAUCUACCAUUGACUGGUCUUGAUGGUUUCGCUAGCUCUGCUUCAAAGUUUGACUUGUCUGCUGGACAGCUGCACGAUAUGGCAAAGCGAUACAGCGGUGAUCUAGUAGCAACGUUCAACGAACAGACAGUACGUGGCUUCGGACCUUUGGUGGCCCACUGGAACUCAUCUGUUGUUGACAGUCUAUCAGCAAGUGCCAAGGCGCAGGUAGCCAGGAACUUGGGUCUCGCCCGUCGCCUGCUGGGCAUUGCCGGUGAUAAGACUCGCAUCACAGACCUGGCCAGCAAGGCUAUGACAUGGCUGAAUGCUGAUACAGGCGAUCUUGACUACAGCAAGGUGCAGGCGCUAGGAAAUCUGGUGCACUUUGUCCCGGCUAGCCGUAUCGAGACGCUGAGUGCCGAUGACCUGGAAUCGUCCGUCAGUCAGCUGACCCAAACCCCCGUUGGUGAAGCUGCUGACGAUACCAGCAUGCGUCUUGCGUUCAUUGCAGGCCAAGUGCACAUGAAGCUCAAGGAUGCAUCAUCUAGUUUGGAUCCAGAGGUUGUGAAGAACAUGGGUGAUGCGGUGUGUUACUUGCCUGACGCAUACUUCAGAUCCUUGGUCAGAAAGGCCCAGCUUGAUAGUGUAAUAGACAGCAUUGGUGAUGCUGGCUGUCGCCCAAUAUCCACGGCACCAAAGACCCUUAUCAGCAAAGCUAAGCUGUUAUACACCUUCAACAACAAAGCCGGUAACCUGUCACUGGCUAUCUUGCGAGCACUGAACAGGUCACUGCCGGCCAUGAGCGCAGCUGACAUUGACGAUCUCUCCGUCGAGACGAUCAAAGACUCUCUGGAGACACUUGGACGGGCUGGCUUCUCAAGAGAUCAAGCCAAGCUCUUUGCUAAGAAGCUUGCACCUGGUGCAGAAGUAUCUGAUAGUCGUCGUCGUCGCAAUAUCCUCACCACGCUGACCAGCGCCCAGGUCAAGGCUCUCGGCUCGCUAGCGUGUGGAUUCGCCGCCAGCCACCUCACCCAGUACAUGGAUGACACGGACGUGAUCUGCAGUCUGAGCAAGGAGGAUUGCUAUUCGGAUGCCCAGUUAAGUGUGUAUAUUGCCAAGUUGAAGAACGGUGGAUCGCUCUCAUCCGCGACUGCCGAUGUGCUGUCGUGCCUCGGUUCGUUCGCUGCUGGACUUGAAAGCCCCGACGUCAAAUCUCUGGCUACAGCCAGUCACCUUUUCCUGGCCGCUGCUCCAGCGCUGGGAGCACGUGCUUACUCUGAUGAUAGUGUGAGACGCGCUUUGGGAGAUGGUGCCAUCAAUGCCUACAGUCAAAAUCUUGCUACCUGGCCGGCUGGAGUGAUUCGUCUAUUGGGAAACAUCACUGGUUACAUUGGUUUGGACACAUCCACGAUGGGAUGUAAACAGGCCUACGUCCAGACCAUGACUGCUGACCAGAUUGGAACGAUUGCCCCAUCUGUUGUCCCCUUCAUGCAGAACCUCAAGUGUAUGAACACUGCUCAGCUUCGGUCGUUCGACGGUGAGCAGGCACGUGCCGUUACCUCCGCUCAAACUGCUACCCUUAGCAGCAGCCAGAGAUCUGCCCUGGCACUGGAAGUCUGUCAGCCGGACUGUGAAGGCAGCACCGGAAGCGGUGCUGCCGGAAACGCUGCCAUGGCGUUCCUGAUUGCUGCUGCCGCCAUCUUUGCAGCCCUGGCCUUCUAGGCCUGCAGCUGCUGGGAAAUGUACUGAUCUACCUGCCUAAUCCCUACUCCAACUCUCUCUCUCUCUAUCUCUGUAUAGCACAAAGGAGAAAUUUUGGCAAUUGCCGGCAAAGUGCAGAGCAUUUCACACGAGAAAGAGAAAUAGGUCCAGUUUGGAUUUGUCGUGACUCAAAGCUUCAUUCCACUGCAAUCAUCAGACUUUCUAUCUCUAUAAUUAUAGCUAUCUAUCUCUCUCUCUCUCUUUUUGUUUUCUCUCUUUCUCUCCCUCUCUCUCGGGUCUCCUAUUUUUCCUCUCCUAGGCUUUUAUUGCUGUGGUACCGUAACAAUGUAUGCCAAAUUACUUGAAUCCACGUUGUUAGUAUAUCCUAACAGUUAUGUGUUCCACUGGGCAGCAGUCCCACUGUAAUAGUAUAGGGUUAUGUGUUCCACUGGGCAGCAGUCCCACUGUAAUAGUAUAGGUCAUAGACUGAUAGGUCAUACCAUAACGUAACAAUUCCCAACAAUACUCAACAAUACUCGUACUUGUCUAUAUUUGGUCCGCUUUCAAACUGAAAUGACUGUGUCCUUCUUCUUCUUCUGUUCUUCUUCUUGAAUUCAAGACACAUUACGUUAUCUGUGUUCUCACUUACUUAAAAAAAAUGAUAAUACUAGAAGUAACGCACCAUG